AUGUCAGAUGUCAGAUUUCACAUGUGUGAUGUUGACAAGAGAACGAGGAAGAAUGUUCAGUCUGGUGAGACGGGGAAGCAAAUAGAGGUCAACUUGAACGAAGUCGACGACAAAGCAGAAGUGAAAGAACCAGAGGUGGAUGUGAGCGCAGCCCGGAUUUGCAGCGACGGGAAGACACAGAGUGGCAGUUUGCAACUGGUUGUUUUGACAAAUGGUGAUGGAUGUCUGGCAGAGGGAGAAGAGAAGGAGGGACUGCGGUCCCGAAGGACGGUGAUGAGGCAAAUAUACAAUUCCAUGGGUGGUGAUACGGGGAACUGA